AUGUGGUGCAGAAAUACUUUCAUCAUCUGUUUCUCGAUGUUCCUCAUUCUUUGUCUCUACUGGGGCAUCGUAUUUCGUAUUGAAGAGAACCUCACCUCUCUCGUCUGUUUUGUUGUCGACUUUGAUGGCAAAUCCGCUCCCUACAGCGACAUCACGCCACUUGUAGGUCCGACAGUCAUCAAUUUAGCCAACGAGACACUAUGGAGCCCCAUACCUUCAAUCGGAUAUCAAAUACGCGACGCAAACGAGUUCGGAUUCGACCCAAUGAAAGUUCGCGAAGCGGUCUAUCACUUUAAAGCAUGGUCUGCAAUCAUCAUCAAUCCGAACGCAACAGCUCUUUUGCAAGAGGCAGUCUCAAUCGGCAACUCUUCAUACGACCCGACAGGCGCAGUCCAAAUCAUCACCAUGUCUGGCCGGGACUCGUUUAUGACGUACAGCUACAUCUUGCCAAGCCUGACCUCGUUCACGUCAAGUUUGACGGAAACGUUUGGCAAGACAUGGGGUGAUAUGAUCAUGGCCAAUGAGUCCCUGACAAAGGAGACUCUGCGGCAGGCUGCAAGCGCCGUCAAUCCCGGGGUGUCACCUUUGAUGCUGGACCUCCGACCGUUUGGACCGCCGGCGGCAAUUCCCGCAGUAACCUUUGGGCUAAGCUUUCUCAUUGCCCAUCUCGGCUUCACCUAUUACCUCGCCGAUGACAUGAAAUGCAUUGUGCCUGAGGGACAUCCUCCCGUGCACUACUGGCACUACGUCAUACGCAGAUACUUGUCGCUUAUGGCCGCCUAUUUCUUUCUCUCGCUCGUUUACUGUCUAAUCUCACUUGUCUUUCAAGUCCCCUUCUCCAAUCCGCCAGCUUCGGCGGUAGAGGUGGCCAAGAAUCCCAACGCGUACGGAAAAGCUUCAUUCAUCGUCUUCUGGCUGUUGAACUUUUUUGGUAUGGCGGCACUUGGAAUGGCCUGUGAGAAUAUGGCAAUGGUCAUCGGUCCACGAUGGGUCGGGUUGUGGCUAACGUUUUGGACUCUCACUAACACCUUGACCGGAUUUUGGCCUCCUGAUAUUGCGCCUGGAUUCUACCGGUGGGCGUACGCAUGGCCUUACCAUCAUGUGAUUGAAGGCAGCCGACAGAUCUUGUUUGACCUGCACUCGCGAAUCGGCCUCAACUUUGGCGUCUUGUUUGCGUGGGUGUCGGUUAACACAAUCUUGUUCGUGCCAGCAUGUUACAUCUUGAGAUGGAAAGAUGAAAAAGAGAUUCGUCGCAAGGAGACAAAACUCCCACACUUUCACUUGCACAGAUAUGACUUUGAGAAACAGAUUCCCAAGCAGCCGGGAGUUGAACCACCGAGACGGAAGAGGGGAUUUCUUCGAGCAUUGUGA